CAAAGCUCCGUCGCCGUGCUUUGCCCGUCGGAACUCCUCCCUUCCGACCCGCCGACCGACUAGAGAACUCCCCCCCUCAGCCACCUCCGUGGCCACGCACUCUCUUCCUUCGACUUCCCGCGACCAUGUCCUCCCAAUCCCCGCCCCGCCCCAUGACCGCUGCAGAGGUCGAAAAGCAUCCCGAAUUUCCCUACGUGACCUGGGAUCUGAAGCCCGAGAAGAAGGGCAAGCUUGCCGUCGCUGCCGGUCGAGGCGGGCCCUUGAACAUUGCUUAUGAAAUUCAUGGUCAUGGGCCUUGUCAUAUUGUUUGGAUAAUGGGCCUAGGCGGUCUGAAGUCAGCUUGGCAACGUCAGACCAAAGAUUUCUCACAUACUCAGGCCGACAGAUACACGUCGCUGAUCAUCGACAACCGGGGCGUGGGUGAGUCAGACAAGCCACUGAUGCGAUACUCGACGUCAGAAAUGACCAAAGACAUUGUCGAGCUACUUGACCACCUAGAAUGGACGCAAAAACGACAACUCAAUGCCGUCGGCAUCAGCAUGGGCGGCAUGAUUGCCCAAGAGCUGGGCCUGCUGAUCCCAGACCUCGGCUUCAUCGAGAAUCUGCGCAACCGCAUCAACCUUUUCAUUCCCCGCAGCAUCGACUCCCAGCUAGCCCACGUCAAGCACAACCUGUACAGCGCGGCGUGGCUGGACAAGCCCGACGAGCUCGAGCCCACUGUCCAGGCUUUCCCGACAAACGGCGACCGCUUCGCUGCCGCAGAGGUGAGCAAGCGCCAGCACCCGGAGCUGUUUAACAAGACGGGCUUUAUGGCGCAGGCUGUCGCAGCUGGCUGGCACUUCAAGAGCCCGUUGCAGCUUAAGGAGCUAGCAGAUAAGGUGGGCCGCCAUCGCAUUAUGGUUGUGCAUGGCAGUGAGGACCGCAUGAUUACGUUUCCGCAUGCUAAGGUGCUGGUUGAGGGACUAGAAAUGAUGGGCGUGCCGGACGGUGAGGUCGAGAAGCAUUUCAUGGACGGUCAGGGCCAUGUCAUUCCGAUUGAGAUGCGUAAGGACUUUAAUGGCUGGUUAGAGGCGCUUUUUGCCAAAGGAGAGAUUCUAAACCAGGUCGAGGCAUAG